GCUUAGAAUUAUCGCAAAACAACUCCCGAGUCUUUACACCUAAGAGCAUGGGCAGAGCCGUCUUUUAGAGCUCCAUUCCUUCAAGCUUUAUAGGGACAGACCCAUUUCCUUCUCUCUCUGCGCAAAAUCUUCUUCUCUGACGAGGAGAGGAGAGGAGAGGAGAGCAGAGCAUUUGUAUUUAUAGAGGGGGAAAAAAGAAAAGAAAAUAGGAGAAGGCCCAGAUAAGGAGAGAGAAGCCGCGGAAGCCGGUCCGGCGAGAAGGCCGAGGGGAGGGUCAGCCCUUUAACUCGGUCCCUUUUUUCUGGGGGGUCUGAAAGGUGGACGAAAAAGGGGAGGGUGGCCUUUGACUGGUGUCCUCCUCGCAACCCGCAACCUGUUGGCUAGCGAGAGAGAGAAAGAAAGAGAGAGGGGAGAAGGGGACAAGAGAGGCGUCUGAAACGCUGUGGGCUUCCCCAUUUUACCUCUGCUGCCAACUUUGGCUUUUUACUGGGAGGAGGAGGGGGACCUAAAAGCAGGCGACUGUGGAAAAGGGGGGAGGUAGACCUCCGUUUCUAUCCAGAGUCUGGUUUUUUUUAUCCUGAGGCUUGGACUUUAUUUGUUCUCUCUUUCGAGAAAGACGGUGGGGACGGUCAACCGAGCCCCCUUCUUUUCACUUGUCGUUGCUCCUGUUCAUUUCUCUCUCUUCUGGGUUUUUUCUUUUCUUCGUUUUCUGAGGCCGCGUAGAGUCCACAUAUGUGGGUUUUUUUUAAAUUUUUUUUUAAUCUUCACCUCCUUUGCUCCAGCUCCUGUCAUUUCUAUGCUCCUUGAAGCCUUUCUUUUCCCUUUCUUAGCUUCUAUCUCCUUGUUCUGAGAAUCAUGCUUGGAUUUUUUGUUUUCACUUUUUCUUGCUUGGAUUUGGUUGGGGUUUGGGUUUUGAUCAGGGGGUAGCGGAGGGAGAGGGAGACGGAAAGAGAACGAGGCGCUAGCGGGGGGUUCGCUUGGCUUCCUUCUCUUUCUUUCUGCCCUAUGUUACAGAGGGAGAGGGAGCUGGGGGCAUGUGUUCAUAACCCGUUUAUGCUGUUGCCUUCUCUGAUCUCUCCGUUCCGUUAGAUCUUUUCUUGUCUAGUUUUCUCUUCCUUUGUGUUCGAUUUCUUGGUCUCCUGUGCUGUGAUCAUGUCUCUGGGAAAUUGAGAAAAUUUGGGUUGGAAAGUGAAAUAGCUCUUUUUAGAUCUAGUGGUACCACAACCAGUAUUACUGUGGAAAAAUAAAAAUAAAGGCAGGCCCUUUAGGGCGAGGAGUUGAGAAGAGAAUUAAGAGGGGGUUCAUUGAUGAGUUUGGGUGGCUUGUUCGACGGUGGUUCCGGUGGCGCUCGGGUUGUGGCUGACAUCCCGUACGGCAGCUCCGCGAUGCCCGCCGGCGCCAUCUCCCAGCCGCGCCUCGUCUCCCCCUCCCUCUCCAAGUCUUUGCUCAGCUCCCCCGGCCUCUCUCUCGCCCUGCAAACAAACAUGGACGGGCAAGGGGACAGGAGUCUAUCGUCUAUGGUCGGUGGUGCAGCCGCCGGCGGCGGCGGCGGGGGAGGACGGGAUGUGGAUACAGUGGGUAGGAACAAGGAAGAUGAGAACGAGAGUAGAUCGGGGAGCGACAACCUUGAAGGUGGCUCCGGCGACGAUAUAGACCAGGAGAACCCUCGGAAAAAGAAAAGAUACCACCGUCACACACCUCAGCAGAUCCAAGAGCUCGAAGCUCUCUUCAAGGAAUGCCCCCACCCGGAUGAGAAACAAAGGAUGGAACUCAGCAGAAGGCUCAACCUGGAGAGUCGCCAGGUCAAGUUCUGGUUCCAGAACCGGCGUACCCAGAUGAAGACCCAAAUGGAACGCCAUGAGAACACUAUCCUCAAGCAGGAGAAUGACAAGCUCCGGGCCGAGAACUUGUCCAUCAGGGAGGCGAUGAGGAACCCCAUCUGCAGCAACUGCGGCGGGCCGGUGGUUCUCGGUGAGGUCUCUCUAGAAGAACAGCACCUGAGAAUCGAGAAUGCGCGUCUGAAGGAUGAGCUCGAUCGAGUCUGUUCUCUCGCCGGAAAGUUCUUAGGGAAGCCUAUUUCAGCCUUGGCGAAUCCACUCUCUCUCCCUGUGCCCAACUCAGGCUUGGAGCUUGCGGUCGGCACCAUCGCUUUUGCCGGGUUGGGCUCGGUGCCUAUGACGUCCUUGCCUAUCGUUGCUGAUUUCCCAACUGCGGUGUCGAGCCCACUCGGAAACGUUAGUACUCAUGCUAGGACUGUCGGCACCAUGGGUGGGGUCGAGAGGGAGAGGACUAUGUUGUUGGAGCUUGCGCUGGCUGCCAUGGAUGAGCUGGUGAAGAUGGCCCAGAUGGUCGAGCCCCUCUGGAUCCCAAGCUUAGAAGGGGGUAAGGAGACGCUGAACUAUGAGGAGUACGAACGGGUGUUCCCUCGGUGCAUCGGGAUGAAGCCCGCUGGAUUUGUGUCGGAGGCCACCAGGGAGACCGGUUUGGUGAUCAUCAACAGCUCGGCCCUCGUUGAGACUCUCAUGGAUGCGAGCCGGUGGGCAGAUAUGUUUCCUUGCAUGAUUGCGAGAACCACCACCACUGAAGUAAUUUCCAGUGGCAUGGGUGGUACUAGAAAUGGCACCCUCCAGCUUAUGCAUGCGGAGCUCCAGGUUCUUUCACCUUUGGUUCCGAUUCGCGAUGUAAAUUUCCUCAGGUUCUGCAAACAGAUCGCUGAAGGUGCCUGGGCUGUAGUCGAUGUAUCCAUUGAUGGAAUUAGACACAACCCUUCUUCUCCUACGCUAAAUAUGAGGUGCCGCAGGCUCCCUUCUGGUUGUGUGGUUCAGGACAUGCCUAAUGGCUAUUCUAAGGUCACAUGGGUGGAACACGCUGAGUACGACGAGUCCGCGGUUCACCAGCUGUACCGCUCUCUCCUCCGCUCCGGCCUCGGGCUCGGCGCCCGCCGCUGGGUCGCCACCCUCCAACGCCAGUGCGAGUGCCUCGCCAUCCUUAUGUCUUCCUCCCUCCCCACCCGAGACCAUAACACAGCAAUAACUGCGAGCGGGAGGAGGAGCAUGCUGAAGCUGGCGCAAAGAAUGACGGAUAAUUUCUGUGCGGGGGUUUGCGCGUCGUCCGCACACAAAUGGAGUAAGCUGAGCGUGGGGAGUAUAGGGGAAGAUGUCAGGGUGAUGACGAGGCAGAGCGUGGACGACCCCGGGGAGCCGCCUGGGGUGGUGCUGAGCGCCGCGACGUCGGUGUGGCUGCCGGUGUCGCCGCAGCGGCUGUUCGAUUUCCUCCGGGACGAGCGGCUCCGGAGUGAGUGGGACAUACUGUCGAACGGGGGGCCCAUGCAGGAGAUGGCCCACAUUGCCAAGGGCCAGGACCACGGCAACGCCGUCUCCCUCCUCCGUGCCAGCGCGGUGAGCGCAAACCAGAGCAGCAUGCUGAUACUGCAAGAGACGUGCACCGACGCGUCGGGGUCGAUGGUGGUGUAUGCGCCGGUGGACAUACCGGCAAUGCACGUCGUCAUGAACGGCGGCGACUCCGCAUAUGUGGCCCUCCUCCCGUCGGGCUUCGCCAUCCUGCCGGACGGCGGCGGCGGUGGGGGAGUGCAGAAGGUGGGGGGGUCGCUGCUGACCGUGGCGUUCCAAAUCCUGGUCAACAGCCAGCCCACCGCCAAGCUCACCGUCGAGUCGGUGGAGACCGUGAAUAACCUCAUCUCCUGCACCGUCCAGAAGAUCAAGGCCGCCCUUCACUGUGACCCUUAGUAAAAUUGCACCAACUCCCUCUUUGUUUUCUUAUCAAUCAAGAGAUAAAGAAAAGAAAAGAAAAAAAAAAAA